GGAUUUUUCUGAAGAAAUCGUGUUUGAGGCUCCAAGAUACCUCUGUUUUUUUCGCGAUCUCGCAAUUUUACUGAAAUGAGUCUUUCGGAGAUUUUGUGGAUCUUUCUCCUAAUUGCGACAUUUGAAACAGUGUCCAUCGCUAACUCAUUGACCGGAGAUCACAUUUGCUCAAGAAUAGAGAAUUACACAGUUACGUCGUACGAAACUUACACUGAGCCAGUUGUAGUCAACUCAUUCACCUGGUGCUUACAAAUUCCCCCGAGAUGUCCCAAGACGCGGACCGAACUACGACAACGAUAUCGUGUGAAGACGGAGAAAAAAUCGAGGAUUCUGAAGGAAUGCUGCGAAGGAUACAAAAUGAUUCACGGCGAUGCGGAAAUGGAUGCGAGCUGUUCACCAUUUUGCGAAAAAUGUGUGGUAGGUGUGUGCGUCGCACCGAACGAAUGCCGUUGCAAUCCUGGAUAUUAUGGAGAUGACUGUGCUCGUGCGUGCCCAUUGGGAUUUUGGGGUCUUGAAUGUACAGAAAUGUGCGAUUGCGGGGAGAGUAGUACCUGCGAUUCUGUAUACGGCAUUUGUCAAUGUUCUCCAGGACGACAAGGACCUCGAUGCGAGGAGUAUUGCGCAAUCGGCCAAUGGGGCCCGGAUUGUGCAAACGAAUGCACAUGUCAAAACUGGGAUAAUGGCUGCGAUGCCGUAACCGGAAGCUGCACUGACGACGAUGUCUCUUCGGUCGAGCAAACGUCGCCCGCUUAUUUGCAGAGCUCUACUACCGACCGUCUACCGCAAACAUCAGGAAUUAGUAAUACGGAGCAUACAGAGAUUGUCUCUGUGCCACGCGAGACCACUGAACGCCAGACGGAAGAUCCAACCGCAGGUAUCAAUAACAGAUGGAAUGACAUCAAUUACAUUCCGAAAACGACGAGUCCAGUAACAGCUUCAAUCAUAGCCCCUCCUCAGGGGGUAGAAGUCUCGGCAAAUGAAAUGCAAAUGAAAAAUCCUUCUACCACUGCUCGUCCUGUGAUCGUUUUAGUCUCCGUUCCCGAACGUAGAAGGGAUGCUGAAAAGGAUAUGCAAAAGUUCGUGACGGAUGCUCUUCUCAGACAUGUCCAAAGCGACAAAAGCAUCAGCGUACCAAAUGUCGAUUACGUAAAAACUAUUCACAAAGACGAUAUUCAGACACCAACGCCGGUCUCGUUGGACAUCGCUCUAAUCGUCGUAGCCGCAAUUGUCUCCCUCGGUCUUACCUCGCUCGCGGUGGUUAUGGUCCUUCACAUGCGCUCCAAACUAUUCGAGACCAUUCGUCUUGCUGUCUACGAUGACGAGAAGACCAAAAGCCCAGAACACGAGAACGUGAACAACGGAAGGAUGUCGAUGGUGAACGCCACUCUGCCUCCACCCCCGAUUGGUGCGAAUCCGAUAUUCGCUAUUAAUGCAGAACCGGAAACGAUACUGACGGUCGAUGGCAUUGAAUCGCUGAAUACUUAUGCUAACGGCGCCGCUACAAUCGGUCUGCGAAUUUCUGGUAAUCUUCGUGAUCUGUUACAAGACAGCCAUUACGACCGGCCAUCAGCAACUCUGAUACGUCUGCAGGCAAAUUUGGACCACAACACGGAGCACUUGUACGACGAAAUACCCAUGCAGACCACUCCAUCGGAGCGCAAGAAUCUGUGAUGGAGAAAUGCACUUCCACUUACUGCGUUCAUAAUCCAGUCUAUAUCCGUAUCUCUAGUUAUAUAGUUCAAUAAUGCGUCAUAAUAAAAAGACCUUGAAGUGUUUUUUAGGCGAUCUGUCAAUGAUCGAUGAAAAGUCGGUCGAAAAAUGCGCGAAAACUGGUUUCUGACCUUACGCAGAACGCCGAUAAAUACGCAAGGCUGAACGUGACUGCAAUUGAAUGGCACAAGGUGGAGAAACAAGUCGUUCAAGCACCGUACUGUCAGUGACCGACAGUAGAAUUUAAUUAGCGGAGCAUGCAGCUCCUUUUGAAUAAACUAUUUUGCAGUGUCGACAGGAUGACGUCAAACUGGGGGCAAAUGCACUCGAUUAUAAUAUUGCGAGCGAAUGCGCAAUUAGGUGGAAAAGCGCGGAAUAAUAGAGUCCGUGUAACGAGGGGAAAAUUGCGCACAUCAACUGUUAUUAUCCAAAUGGUAUUAAACGUUUAUAUGCAGCUUACGGGUCGGAUCUAUCUGUUUGCAAAUAAACAGAUGCGAAAAUAAACUGCCCGGUAUAAAUCUGGUAACAUCGGUAUUGACGGUACAAUUUACCGUUUGUGCAAAUAAAUUCAUUAUUUAUUUAUUCCAGUUAAUAUUAAGAGCGAUCUUUUCGUAUUUGUUUGUUGUUGCUGGCAGAACAGCGCCUGUAAUAUUUUAACAAUAUUAUAUUAUAGAAUUAUUAAAUAAUCAGUCCUGUGGCAAUCACAUCCUGUGCAAAGAAAUAAAACUGUUUUUCCAAGCGUUAAACAUAUCCUGCGAUAAUAUAAAUUUCCAAGUAUAUCAUUAAUGAUAUGCACGUAAACGAUAAUAUAAUCAACAAAAUUUGUUAUCGUAAGAGGAAAUACACUUAAUGACUUUCGUACACCGAAAUUAAA